ACACAUCCACUCACUUCAUUUACGCGGCAGACAUGAAGAAGAUUACGGUGCUUGCCGUGUUCUUGGCUCUGGGUUAUCUCCACCAAGCCGCAGCCGCCAGUUGGCUUGAUAAGUCUCUAGAUGAGCUUAAAAAGCUGCGUGGCUCAGUGGAAAAUCGUAAAGCAGAUCUCCUUUUCCUUCUUGACACGUCUGGUAGUUUGAGUCUUAGCAACUUUAACACGGAAAAGAAGUUCAUAAGAAACCUAUUGAAUGUCAUCGCCGUUGGAUUUGAUGCCACUCGAGUUGAGAUCAUCACAUUUGGCUCUGAUGUAAAUCGUCGCGUGCCCUUCAUUUCGGAGGCGCACGAAAAGGACACAAAGUGCACGUUCAACGAGAAGUUCGCUAACGUUGUGCAUGAAUGGGGUAUGACGAAUAUGAGGGGCGCAUUCGAGAAGGCGUACGAAGUGUGCAAGGGCACUUGGAGUGGAAAAAAGCGCUUGAAUAUCAAGACCACUGUCAUUCUCAUAACGGACGGACACUGGAAUUGGCCUUGGCAAAACCCUGACCCCGUGCCUAAGGCCCAACAGCUGAUCAGGGAAGGCGUGGAGAUUCUCGCGUUUGGUGUUGGAUACGGAAUUUCGCUCUCUAACUUACAAACAAUUACAGCAAAUCAGCGAGCUGGCCAUACAUACGCCUUCCAGAUCAGUAACUUUGAUGAGUUCAAUAAACUCGCAACUUAUCUAAGGGGAGAUCCUUAUCAAAAGUCAAAGGAAUGGGCCCCAGUUCCCGUGAGCAAGUGCAGGGGCGGAUGUGACGUCACUGCCAAGUGUACCUGUGGACUGGUGUAUGGUGAUUACAAAUGCUCCUGUCCUAUGGGGCGCAAAGGAUCUGGAACUCCUGGCGACUGUACGCCUUGCGGACAUGACACUUACAAGUCGUAUGAAGGAUUUGCUGAAGAGUGCACUAAAUGUCCGAAAAACUCUGGACACCAGAAGACCGGGCAAACCCAUAUAAGUGAAUGCAAAUGCAAGCGAGGAUACACGGGAACACCAGAAAAUGGGAACGAUUGUACUAUUCGCCAUUGUGCUGACAUCAAGGCCCCCGACAAUGGCGACAUAGAGGGGGGUUCGUGCAAUACCGCAUAUGGUAGCACGUGUAAGCUGAAGUGCAAACAAGGCUUCAAGGAGACAGGAGCCAAGACUAUCAACUGCGUGUAUAAGCCUGACACUGGCGAAGUUGUUUGGGAUAAGCCAGCGACCAUGUGCCAAGUGAUUACAUGUCCUUCCAUCACCGUGGGAAACUCCGAUAACCCCAACGGCCAGUGCAAGCUUCCUAACGGGCAGGCGUCAACCAGCCGUGAAUACCAGACGGUCUGCGUAUGGCAGUGUUCACGAGGGUACCGCCAUACUGGAGACUUGACAAGGACCUGCCAAGUGGACGGCCAAUGGUCUGGCACCAUGCCAGUGUGUUCAGCCGUGAUGUGCAAACCGCUGCCCUCUGUCAACAUUGGUAAUUAUCAUCCUCCAAGUUUGAAUUGUGACUCGGUGGAGCAGAAAUUCGACCAAGUAUGCAGUCACCGCUGCCCAAGCGGCUACCACAUGAGUCCAGGAACUGUGGGAGAUAUUUCCAAUGAUUUCACGUGCAACUUUGAGACAGGCGAAUGGGAUGGCCAGCAGAAAAUAUGCAAAGAUUUCGAGCCACCCACCCUAACAUGCCCUAGUCAAGAUCAAACAGUCGAGAAUGACCCAGGUCAACAGUACGCUACGGUAGAUCUCGGAGUGGACUUCAACGACAACUCCCUGAAGCAAGGCCUGACCAAGAAGGAGAGCUUCAAGGUUGUGUUAAAGAUAAACAAAAAGGAAGUCGACGCAUCGUUGACACAGCACAAACUGCCGAUAAGAACACAGCAAAAUGAGAUCACCUACAAUGUAACAGACCCCGCUGGAAACGAGAACCUGUGUAACUUCAGGGUCAGAGUAAACGAUGUGGAGCCUCCGACUUGUUCGAGAUCUUGUCCGCCUGACAUCAUCAAGGAACUCACCACCAAACGCUACCAGCCUAUUUGGGACAUUCCUAUUUGCACGGACAACGAUGGUAUUCCGCCCAGGAUGGUGUCGUCUAGACAAAUCUCGGACCACCUGGAUGUUCCUGGAAUAUACGCAGUCACGUACGAUGUAAGCGAUCAGCAAGGAAACAAGUAUAACUGCAGCUUCCAAAUCCGGUUAACAAGACCGCAGUGUAAGGCAUUUGCACCGCCAAAGAACGGAGCGUCGCAGUGCUUUGAUUGGAAUGGCCAGCUUAUUUGCUCCGUCAGCUGCAGGCAAGGAAACGAUUUUGUUUUUGAGCCAGCGAUGAGUUACUUGUGCUCUGCGGCAAUAUGGAACACUUACCCCGGGCCGUUUGGAGGGCUUCAGACGACUCCCUGGCCAGACUGUUCGCCGAGAGCCGGACCUUCUAAAGUGGGGAUGAUGUUCAGGCCUAUGUUCUUUUUCAAUGGCGACUGCAAUGAACCGGAUGUGCAACAGCAACUCAAGAGUAGCUUCCUCCAGCUGAUGGGGCUUCCUUUUAUCCCGCCUGGUUUUUGCAAAACAAAUGACAACUGUAAACAUGAAAAUCUCAAAAUUGCUUGUGGCGAAGUAGAUGUAAAUGCCAGACGGAAGAAGCGAUCUGGAACUAAACAAGUUUACUUCCAAAUGGAUUAUGUCAAGGCUUCGCCUGCAAUCACGGGUGCUGACGAUCUCAGCGAGCAAGCGCUUUACGUAAACCUGAAAAACAAUGUGGACGCUGAGCGGCCAGCCAUCGAAAAUGGACUUAAAAAAAUCGACUGGGGCGCUGCCAAACUCACACUCGACAAACUGAACCUCAAGCCCGCCGACGCGUAUUGCUCGGAUGACGGCGCCGUUGUACGAAAGUGUUCUAAAAAUGAUCUCCUUUACACGCAGCGCUGUCGUUAUAAAGACAGUGGCGAAGUUACACGCUGUAUUCGCUGCCCUAUCGGGACGUAUUACGAGAAAGAUCAAGAGAAAUGCAUUAACUGUCCCGAGGGAUCGUAUAUGAACCACGAGGGCGCUCUCGAGUGCAAGGCGUGCCCGGACGGCACGUGGACCUUUGGAUCCCAUAAGGCAAACUUCACAAAUUGUCAAGCCGAGUGUGGGCCUGGGUACUUCUCUGCCACAGGGAUCGCGCGAUGUUAUCCGUGCAAGGCAGGCGAAUACUCGAGUGGGGAGCGUAACAAGAAAUGCGAACAAUGCCCUAAAGGAACCACCUCCGUCUCCGCCAGAUCCACUCGACUUGAAGACUGCGGAAUGAAAUGCGCUCCUGGUACGUAUUCUAGCAACGGAGUGGAGCCUUGCACGAGCUGUCCCAUUGGAAGCUUUCAGAAUGCUACCGGUGGAAUAGCGUGUCGACCUUGUCCAGGCCGCCUCUCUACGCACGGAACUGGAGCAGACGAUGAAAGCGCAUGCGUGGAGGUGAACGACUGCGCGUCCAGCCCAUGUAACAACAACGCCAAGUGUAUAGACACAAAGGAAUCCUACAGAUGCGAGUGUCUCCCCGGAUUCCAAGGCGCUAACUGUGAUAAGGAGGUGGAUGAAUGCGACAAGCAGCCUUGCUUUGGUGCCGCCACAUGCGUGAACAGGGUGAAUGGCUAUUCCUGCCUGUGCCCGCCUGGCUUCGUAGGCACCCAGUGUGACACGCCCGUCAAGGUGUGCAGUACCCAGAACCCUUGCGUGCGUGGCACGUGCGUCGAGCAGUCUGGAGGAGCGCAUUGUUCCUGCCCGCUUGGAUUUGAAGGAGCGUUCUGCGAACUGAAUGUAGACGAGUGCGCCUCUAAUCCUUGUCAGAACAAUGCUGUGUGUGUAGGAGGUGUGGAUAAGUUCCAAUGUAUCUGUAGACCCGGAUUCUCGGGUACGCUAUGUCAAUUCAAUGACGAUGACUGCAGCGCAAAGCCUUGCAGAAAUGGAGGAAGUUGCAUUGACAAUGAGCGCUUCUACACAUGCGCUUGCCCUGCUGGGUACACUGGCAAAAACUGCGAGACUGAGGUCCAGGAGUGCCAGUCGGAGCCGUGUCAGCAUGGCGGUACUUGCACCAAGCGCUUCAAUGGCUACGAAUGCUCCUGCGCCCCUACAUACACAGGCGCCAACUGCGAGAAAGCACUCUCAUCUGAUUACGACUUGACAAUCAACAAUCGUGCCAGCAACCCCUACGCUGCGACAAUCAAGAAGAUACCCGACUUAACGGCUUUCUCCGUAUCGUUAUGGGUCCGUUCAGAUGAUGAACAACCAGGCACCGCUCUCUCCUACAGUGUGGAAAAUAGCGGGAAACUCCAGGACGGCCUAGUUCUGCAGGACUUCGGUGGUUUGAACCUCUUCAUUAACGAUGAGGCCACAUACCUCGGGGUGGAUGUCCUUGACGGAUUUUGGCAUCACGUGGCCGUCACGUGGAGUAGCGCUAGUGGCACGUGGAAGGCCUAUAUAGAUGGUCGUCUCGUGAGGUCUUCGUCCAGUCCAUUCCAAAUUGGCCAAGUUAUCCGUGGAGGCGGAGUCAUGCUUGUUGGCCAGGAACAAGAUGAACUUGGCGGCGGAUUCAAUGCCGAGGAAAGCUUCGUUGGAGAUUUAAGUCAGGUUAACGUGUGGAGCCGUGUCCUGAGUGAUAACGAGAUUUUUACCCUCGCGUAUAGCUGUGUAGACAAGGGUGACGUGGUGGCCUGGGCCGACUUCCGCGAGAGAAUGGCUGGCGCUUACACCGUGACGCCUACGUCUUACGCUUGCAGGUUAAAUGACGCUUUGCGAUACUUUACGCUCAAUUCCAACACAAGCAUUCCACAAUUCAACGACAAAACCCUCUCUAGCACCACGCCCCAGGCCUGCGCUUCCGCGUGUGACCGGGAGACGGGCUUCAAAUGCAGAUCGUUUGACUUUGAUAAGAUCUCAAAGACAUGUUACUUGAGCCGCAAGCAUUCCGCUGACAACCUGCUGGCGUACGACACCACGGGCCGAUACAACUACUACGAGAUGAACUGCCAAAAAUCCAUGGGAGUCGACUCGAACAAAAUCAUCCUCGACAGUCGCAUGACAGCGUCAUCUUAUAGCAGCCUGCAUCUUCCUAAGUAUGGCCGUCUGCACAAGAGGGGUGAGCGUAACAGUGCAGGGGCUAUCACUCAGGCGGGAGCGUGGUGUGCGGGCACGAAUGACGCUCAUCAGUGGCUACAGAUCGAUCUGAACGCUGUGAUGAGGGUGUCGGGGGUUGCGACCCAAGGUCGAGAGGACUACGACGAGAGAGUGACCUUUUACAAGAUCGAGUACAGUGUGGAUAACACCCACUGGACUAUGUACCCCACGGUUUUGACUGGAAACACCGACCAGAACACUAUUGUCAGACACGAAGUGAGUGUGUUCCGCGCCAGGUAUAUUCGCUUCCGCCCACAAGCCUGGUACAGUCGGGUCUGCUUGAGAGCUGAGGUCUAUGGAUGCCCUGACCGAUUGGUGGCGCCGAAUGUCAAUAGUAACGACUGUAGCAGUAACCCAUGCAGGUCACGUGGCCAGUGUGUGGACAGGCUUAAAGGCUACUCAUGCAACUGCUUCCCAGGCUACUCCGGGCCACAGUGCUCCACAGUGGUGCCCUGUUCGCCGCUGGACGCCCCCGUGUACGGAUCCAAGUCUGUUUCGGGUAACACUGUUAACUUCAGCUGUCAGUCAGGAUACCAGAUUGUUGGCUCAUCUUCACGUAGCUGUACCAGCGGCCAAUGGACUGGUACCCAACCGAGAUGCGAAGAUCAAAACGAGUGCUCAGUCGGGAACCAUCGCUGUGCCCAACUGUGCAUCAAUACGCCAGGGAGCUACAACUGUGCAUGCGCUAAGGGGUACCGCCUGGACAACAACAACUGCAUCGAUAUCAAUGAGUGCAGUACGGAUAAUGGGGGCUGUAGCCAUUCCUGUCAUAAUACGGCUGGUGGAGUCAAGUGCAGUUGUCCGGGGGGAAUGGCUCUAACUAAAGGCCAGCGAACGUGUGUAGAUGUGAACGAGUGUGCCAAGAACAAUGGUGGAUGCCAACACACGUGUGUCAACACACAUCGCUCAUUCAAGUGUCUGUGUAACCGAGGAUUCAGUAUGAAUUCGAAUGGAAGGAACUGUGAUCCUCUCUCGUGUCCAGCCCUCCCGUCCAUCAGCCUUGGCCAGGUCAGCGUUCCUAGCCAGCUGGUCGGCGCCCUAGCAACCUACACGUGCAACGCUGGCUAUCGCGUGAUUGGCUCAAAGACACGCACAUGUCAGGCCGACACCACGUGGUCUGGCAUCAACCCAUCAUGUGAACGUAUCUACUGUAGAGAGGUAGGGACCGUCAAGAAUAGUGCGCGGAUGCUUGUGGGCUACUCCGGCAUUCGCGCGGUGGUGGGGAGUGUCGUGAGAUUCACGUGCAACUCAAACCACGCCAUGGGGGGCGCUGCUGACUUGGUCUGCCAGAGGGAUGGCACAUGGAGUGCUCAGCUUCCGCGAUGCAUCCCGGCGUUCUGUAGUCGCUUGCAAGCACCAACAAACGGCCAAAUCCAAGGAUUCCGCUACGAAUUGGGAGCCACUUUACGCGUCACGUGUAGUGUUGGGUAUAACCUUGUACCAGCGAGCUCCUCCUUCAGAACUUGUGAGCAGAUCUCAUCGGGUGGUGGACGAUGGACUGGCACCGACCCUAUAUGUCAGUUGGUGGACUGUGGUGAUCCUGGUAGUCUUUAUGGAGGGUCUCGCGCUCUUUCUGGGGGGACCAAGUACCAGGCAGUCGUUACCUGGACGUGCCUGGCCAAUCACCACCUACAGGGCAAGCGAACCCAGACCUGCCAGGAAGACGGCGAGUGGAGCGGUACAAAGCCAUUCUGCCUGAAGAACUCGUGUGGGUACCUGGACCCACCAGCUAACGGCAAGAAGAUCGGAGAUGAGCACAACUACGGCAAGAGCGUCACGUUCGAGUGCGACACGGGUUACCGUCUGAAGGGCUCCAAGGCACGCACAUGUCAGAACAAUGGGUUAUGGGACGGAACCCAGCCCACAUGCGAGAUUGUAAACUGCGGCGACCCUGGAACUCCAGCUAACGGCAUGAAGUUCGGUGACAAGCUGACCUAUCAGAGCGUGCUCACCUUUGAGUGCGACCCAGGCUUCAGGCUAUCUGGUACAAUCGGCCGGCAGUGUCAGGCGGACGGAACCUGGUCAGGGUCACAGCCUUCAUGCUCAGCCACAAGCUGUGGACAGCUCCGAGUGGGUCCUGCGGGAGUCAUCACUUCGCAGAACUAUCCGAAUAACUACCGAGAUUACGAGUACUGCACGUGGGAGGUCCGAGUACCUGCCGACAAAAAGGUGCGACUCGACUUCAACGACUUCAAGACUGUCGAGAACGAGGAUGUGCUCUUGAUAUAUGACACUGGAAGCCCGAAACCCAUCAUUACCUAUCACGGCAGUAUAAAACCUUUCUCGUUCACUUCAUCUGGACGCAGUGUGCGCAUCCGCUUUAUCAGCGAUGGACAAAACACCAUGAAAGGAUUCAAGAUCAGCUAUCGGCAGAUUGAUCCUCGAUGCGGAGGUGUCCUAACCACAAAUAAAGGAGUGAUCCAAACGCCAAACUUUCCGGACAGUUACGACUCAUUUGGCUUUAACCUCGACUGCGUGUGGCUCAUCUCAAGACCCAAUGAAAAGAUCGAGCUCAUGUUCUCUGUAUUUGACACCCAGCCGUCCUACGAUAAGGUUUUCGUAUACAAGGGUUACCACAACUCUACGGAAAAUGCGUUGGUCUACAUGCGCACCGGACCCACCCCGCCCGUGUACCCGUCGAUCGCCCCCUCGCACAUGUGGGUACAGUUAAAGACCGAUUACGCCUCGCAUGGCGGUUACUACAGGGGAUUCAAGGCACAGUAUUACCCAUACAACCCCUACUUUCAGCCGAAAAAGAAAUAGGCCCGUGCUUGUAUCGACAUAGAACAGAUGCAAACCAAUAAAUAAAUAUCAAUAAAUGUGCUCAGUGUCUUAAUUCCAUUUGACCUAUACAACCCCUACUUUCAGCCGAAAAAGAAAUAGGCCCGUGCUUGUAUCGACAUAAAACAGAUGCAAACCAAUAAAUAAAUAUCAAUAAAUGUGCUCAGUGUCUUAAUUCCCUUUGACCUAUACAACCCCUACUUUCAGCCGAAAAAGAAAUAGGCCCGUGCUUGUAUCGACAUAGAACAGAUGCAAACCAAUAAAUAAAUAUCAAUAAAUGUGCUCAGUGUCUUAAUUCCCUUUGACCUAUACAACCCCUACUUUCAGCCGAAAAAGAAAUAGGCCCGUGCUUGUAUCGACAUAGAACAGAUGCAAACCAAUAAAUAAAUAUCAAUAAAUGUGCUCAGUGUCUUAAUUCCAUUUGACCUAUACAACCCCUACUUUCAGCCGAAAAAGAAAUAGGCCCGUGCUUGUAUCGACAUAAAACAGAUGCAAACCAAUAAAUAAAUAUCAAUAAAUGUGCUCAGUGUCUUAAUUCCCUUUGACCUAUACAACCCCUACUUUCAGCCGAAAAAGAAAUAGGCCCGUGCUUGUAUCGACAUAGAACAGAUGCAAACCAAUAAAUAAAUAUCAAUAAA